GCAUUUCACUCCUGCCACUCGUGUCUUGGACACGUGGUAUUUGGUCCUUGCAGCCGUUUGUUUUGGUUUAUUUUCUGCAGGCGCCCUACUCUAUACUCUGCUGUGCUGCGUGGGAAUGUUGUGCAGAAGGCCUGUAACACACCAGCAGGGAACACCAGUCCAGUGCUCGCAGCUGCAGAAGUUUUACUUUAAAAGACCUAUUUAUACAACCUGUUCAUUCAUCCCUGCGCAGGAAGGAUGUUAAUGAUGAAUUUUAUUAAAUGUCCCAUAAAGCCUGAGCUGAAUAACAACUCAUAAGUUCAUGUUUCUUCGGACUGAUAUUUCUCACAAAUGCUGCCCUUUGACUUGUGCCCGAAAUCAAGUUCCAAUGUUACUCUGCUCCACAUUCCCUGUCGCAACGCAACGAUAAAAAAGGACGUAGUGGAGCGCCGAAAAGCACUCGUUGAUUGGCCAGAGAGAGUUGAGCUCGACGCCGCGAUUGGUGGAACGGACAGCAUCCCGCCCCUGGACAUUUAUCACGUGACGUUCGGGAAACUGGUUCAGAGAGCAGAGGGUUUAAUGGACUUUGGAAUUUUGUGUGGAAGAAGGACUGGAGCGGCUCGUAAGAACAGCGCGCAGCUCUUCGGAAAAAAUUAGGUUGAAGACUCCUCGGCGGCCGGCGAGUGCAACCGGGAUCCGCUCUCGCCGUGCAGGCUCGCCUGAAUGCCACCGGACUCCCGAACCCUGCGAGCUCGGCCCUCGUUCACCGUCGCCGCCGCCAUGACGCAGCCGGAGGAGGAGUGUCGGAGGCGCUUCCGGGCCGCCGUCGACGUCAUACAGAGCCUGCCCAAGAACGGUUCUUACAGACCCUCGUACGAGGUCAUGCUGCGCUUCUACGGCCUCUACAAGCAGGCGGUGUUCGGUCCCUGCAGGAGCUCGCGCCCUGGAUUCUGGGACCCCGUGGGCCGCUACAAGUGGGAUGCUUGGAGUCGUCUGGGGGAAAUGAGCGGCGAGGAUGCCAUGACGGAGUACGUAGAAGAGAUGAAGAAAGUGGCACAGGAGGUGAUCGACUCCGUGCCGGUGAACAAGAAGACCGCAUCCCUGUUUCACUACUUCGAGCCCCUUUACCUCGUCAUCCACGACAUGCCUCGGCCGCCGGAGGCGCUGCUCAGUCUCAGGGCAGAGCUGGAAGCAGGUGUCCAGACUGCCAGUCCAGCACAAGGGGACUCGCAAGAGAAAAUGGAAAGAGACCCGGAGCAGGCGGCCAAAGAGUCCGCGUGCGGACCGGACGUCGGUUCCGGGCCGUCCGGCGGCCUUCGAGGCUCCGCAGCGACGGCGACUUUUUCCGCGGUAGAACCUGCUCCUCCUCAAGGCUCGGUGGGAACGAGCGACUCGGAAAGCGAGGUCUUCUGCGAUUCGUUGGAGCGGCUGGAUCGAAAGGCUGCUCGAGUCGGAGCUGGGGCGGGAGAGGAACGGGCUCCGCCGCCGAGAGGCCGGGGAUUUGGACUAGAGGCACGGCGCGGACAGAGGGAAGAAACACACCGAAGGGCCGUGUGUCCAGGUGGCGGGCCGCGGGGAGGCGGACGCCGUGCCCGCGAGGGCGCCUCGGGGGACGGCGGUGGAGACGAGCGGGAAGGCAGCGCGGCGAGGCAGCGGGAGGCGCAGAUGCAGCGGCAGAUCGUUUCCACCCUGCGGCAGCUGAGGGAAGACAUGUUCGGCGUGAUGGAGCGCCUGGAGGCUGUGGAACGGAUGGCUGCCGCACAGGCUCGGGGCUUGGACCGGAGGUCCACGGGUCAUCCGGCGGCUCCUUCUUCCGAGACGCAGCAGGAGAGCCGGCGGUGGCCGCUCGACGCCUCGGGCCGCGCGGCGCUCCUCCUGCUGCUGUGGCCCUUCGCGGCCCACGCGCUUGCGUCGCUCUUGCGACGGCAUCGCCGCGAGUCCAGCCUUGGCCCGCGAGGACGGCGAUGAAGCGGCACGAGUCACGCUCGCGACUUCGGAUCCCGAUGCCUGUGAUGCGGAGGAACCGCCGCGCUCGUGCAGUUCUGUGGCUAAACCCUCGUUGUCCCCGAAUCAAACUUAUACAGUUCUCUUUACCGUAUCCUAGGGAUAAUCGUAUGAAGUGGAAAACCGGAAACCCGCUUUAAUGUUUCAUCCGUUUUAUGGCCAUACGUACAGUGGAUUCGGACAGAAACUUCAAAGCUUAUUUUUUAAUUGGUAAAGAGGUUUUAUGCAAAAAAUGUUUAAUGAUAUUUGGGUACGCUUUACAGAGGAUUGGUUGAGUCUAAUAUUGACAACAUAGUGAAAAUGCCUUGCGGUAUCAAUAUAGUGCUGGAUUUGCAUUUA